AUGUUGCCCUCAUCCUCUUCCAACAAACAAGAGGAAAAGAAGAAUCAAGAAAAUUCAUCCUCUAAAAAGGCUUCAAGCAAAACAAAUAACAAGGAAAACAAGAAACAAUCCAAUUCGGACCCAUCUACUGAAGAGAAAGAAAAGGAUAAAGGCUUUAUUACCUCUCAAUCCAUCAUUUCUAGAAUUAAAUGGGAUGAGAGAUUUUCAACCUUUUUGGAUGAUUUUACAAUUGGAUAUUUAGAUAGAUUUGAAGGUUUAAAGACAACCACCAUCAAAGACUUUGAGGAAUCUGAUGAAAUUCCUUUUCAUAGAAUUUGGUAUCUGUAUUUUAAUGGAAUUAUUAUUUGGGAUCGAGAGAAGAGAAUUGAUAAUGUAUCUAAGGGAAAAUUGGAACAAAUUAUUGAGGACUAUUUUGUGAAAAAGCACCAAGAGGAGUUGAGAAUUAAGAAACAAAUGGAGCUUGAGAGCAAACAAAAGAAAAAUAAGAAGAAACAUCAUCAACAAGUAGUUGCAUCUUCUUCAUCACACGAGAGCUCUUCGUCAUCUCCAAUAAUUCCAGAAAAAUCCAAUGAUUCCAGUGAGGAAGAUGAAAAUAACUUGAGUGAAGAUAAUGAUUCAGAAGAAUCUGAAGAAAUCGAUGGAGAAUUGACGAGUGACGUCACGACUAGUUUAACGAACGAACAAAUUUUAGAAAAUUAUGUAGCUCAAUAUCGUAGCAACAAGAAGCUCAAAAAAGUAUUAUUUUCCAAGAAUAAGACUCGCAAAGUUCAACAAGAGUACAUUCCUGAUGAUGAUUUGGAAAUGUGGUUAUUGGAACACAAUGAAGAAAAUGAAGAUUUAGUGCUACAAUUUCCUACCCACAUUUCUCAGAGAGGAGGUCAUUAUCAUAUCAUAUUUGACACGAGAAAGAAGUAUGAAGAAUAUAUUGCAGCUUGGAAGAGCACGAUUGAAAAGAAGCAAAAGUUUUAUGUUGAAGAAAUGAGAACAAAACAUGCCUUUAGGCUCUACGUAGACAUUGAUAUCAAAAUUACAAAACCAAAUUCACCUUAUGAUAUUGUAAGCAACGGCUGGAUCAAACUCAUUCAACAAUUUACAAACGAUUAUUUUAAGGGCAAGGAGGAUAUUACAGUGGUUGUGACGGAGUGUCACAGUAAUUGGAACGAUAAGAAUACCAAGUCAGCAAGGUUCAAGUCUGGAUACAGAUUAUACUUCCACGAAAUCAUUGUUGACUAUGACAAGUUUUGCGACUUUACCUAUCAGCUCUCUUACUUUAUGAUGGACAAGAUUGGCUCCUACGAAAAUCAACCUGUUGAUUGGUUUUUUGAGGAUGUCAUUGAUCUUAAAUCAUGUAAUCAUCCGAGAUGCAGAAUGUUCGGAACCACCAAAUGGAGACGUGGCCAUCUCUUGCCAAGAAUUUACCAAUUUUCUGGUAUUUAUGGCAAAGAUAUGACAUUGGACGAGAAAAAGACACAAGAGUUGAAGAAUAAUCUUCAUGACUUGUUAGUAUUGACCUCUACUCGUGUGGAAGAUCCAUUCGAUGAUGACAACCACUAA